AUGUCGGAUCUUGGCCUUGGAGGGGAUUCGACUUCCCUUUCAGCAUUCUUGACCACACUGAUACCAGCGUUGGUGAUCGCUGCGUUUUGGUUCGGUCUCUUCUUAAUCUGCCGGCGAACCCAGCUGCGAUGUGAGCGUGCCCCACGUUUACCUUCGGGGUUUAUCAAUUGGUUCGGCCAAUUCCUGAAGAUCUCCGAUGCCCAGGUCCUCCGACAUUCCUCCAUGGACGGGUAUCUUUUUCUCCGAUUCUUACGCGUGCUCUCUGCCACAUGCUUUACUGGUUGCGUUAUAACCUGGCCAAUUCUGCUUCCAAUUAAUGCCACGGGUGGCGCAGGGAAUACCCAACUGGACGCCCUAAGUUUCAGUAAUCGAUUGUCUAUUUCAGUGAGAGAUCCCUCCAGUAUAACGGAUGAGCGCCACGGACUAAUGUUUUGUGUUGAAGCCUUUGUUUUCUUUGUGGUCACUCGUGAGAGUAUCUUCUAUGCGAACCUACGCCAAGCAUACUUCAACUCCCCGGCCUACGCGGAGCGUAUCUCUUCGAGGACUGUCUUAUUCAUGUCAGUACCGGAGGAGUAUAAGAACGAGAAGACACUGCGCCAGGUUUUUGGAAACAAUAUUAACCGAAUCUGGAUCACGUCCGAGUGUAAAACCUUGGACAAGAAGGUCAUGGAGAGAGCAAAGCUAGCCUACAAACUGGAACAUGCUGAAACAAAGUUGAUUCGAGCAGCAAAUUCAGCGCGGCUGAAAGCCAUCAAGAAGGGGGUCGCCCUCUCGAAGCCAUGCCUGGAUUCAGAUAGCUGCGAAGAGUGCCAAUCGAACACUUCCACAACAUAUCAUGGGAUCAAAAGACCUACUCAUCGUGUUAAGAUGUUCGGCAAAAAGGUCGAUACAAUCCGCUGGUUACGCGCUGAGUUGACGAAGGUCAUCGAGGAAAUCUCUAUCCUCCAGAAAAAGCACCGCAAUGGAGAAAUGAAGAAUCUUUCUGCCGUUUUCAUCGAAUUUGCCACUCAAAAGGAUGCGCAAGUUGCUCUACAGACCGUAUCCCAUCAUCAGCCACUUCACAUGACGCCUCGUUUCAUUGGUAUUUCGCCAAACGAGGUCGUUUGGUCAGCUUUGAACUUGAGCUGGUGGCAGCGGAUCGCGCGCCGGUUUGCGGUUCAGGGUGGCCUUGCUGCCCUCGUUAUUUUCUGGUCUAUCCCAUCUGCCAUGGUCGGAACGAUCUCGAACAUCACUUAUCUCACUAGCAUGAUCCCAUUUCUAGGCUUCAUCAACAAGCUUCCGUCGGUCAUCUUAGGUCUUAUCUCUGGUCUACUACCUUCCGCUGCGCUCGCUUUGUUGAUGUCUCUGGUUCCAAUCAUUUGUCGAGCCUGCGCCAGAGUCUCUGGUGUGCCGUCGACGUCGCGCGUGGAACUCUUUACCCAGAGUGCACACUUCUGUUUCCAAGUAGUGCAAGUCUUCCUUGUCACUACGUUGACUUCGGCGGCAUCGGCUGCGACUGCUCAGAUCAUCAAGGACCCUCUAUCGGCCAAGGAUCUUCUGGCCGAGAACCUACCAAAAGCGACCAAUUUCUAUAUCUCCUAUUUUCUUCUUCAGGGCCUGACUAUGAGCUCCAUGGCGGUCGUACAGGUUGCAGGGGCUGUCGUCUUCAAAUUCAUCACAACGUUCUUCGACCGUACCCCUCGACGACUAUACCAGAGAUGGGCUGCCCUGAGUGGUGUAGGAUGGGGAAAUGUGUUCCCUGUUUUCACAAACAUGGGUGUGAUUGCAAUUACCUACUCGUGCAUUGCUCCGUUAAUUUUAGGAUUCGCCUUUGUCGGACUCUACCUUGUGUACCAAGCAUAUCGGUACAACUUCUUAUUCGUUUACGAACUCCGCAUCGACACCAGAGGCCUCGUGUAUCCGCGCGCACUGCAACACCUCUUGACUGGUAUCUACCUCGCAGAUAUCUGUCUAAUCGGUCUCUUUGCCAUCAAAGGAGCCAUCGGACCACUCAUCAUCAUGGCCCUGUUUCUCAUAGUGACCAUCCUAGCCCAUAUAUCCCUCAACGAUGCGCUGGAGCCGCUGUACUCUUUCCUUCCAGCCAACCUGGAUGUUGAAGAAGAGUCGCAGCUAUCCAAAGCGGAAGCAGAUGCCCUGAACCCCCGCUCAGUGGGCAAAUGGGAAGCGGCCUGGAAAUGGUUCCACCCCAAUUUGUAUCGCGACUACGCCGCACUGCGCGGAAAAGUUCCCCGCGACCAUGUGGAGAUCCGAUACACAGAGGAGGAAAGAAACAAGGCCUACUAUGAGCCGUGCAUUACCGCACGAACCCCGACUCUUUGGAUCCCACGGGAUAAAUGGGGAUUCAGCCAACAGGAAGUGCUCGAUACGGACCCGUGCAUUCCUAUCACAGACGAGGGGGCUCACCUGAACGAAAAGAACCGAAUUGUCUGGGACAAGUAUGAUCCUAAGCUGCCGCUGUGGGAACUGAAGAUUCUUUAUUAG